AUGAAGGUCGCCCUGCUCACCUUAGCAGCGGGCUUGGCCAAUGCCGCCUCGAUCGCCGUCACUCCACGGGCGUUCCCCAAUGCUCCUAAUGAAUAUGCUCCCGCCAAUGUUUCCUGUCCGUCCACUCGCCCCAGUAUCCGCAGUGCCGCUGCGCUGUCGACCAAUGAGCGAGACUGGUUGCAAGUGCGUCGGAAUGAGACCCUUCAGCCCAUGAAGGAUUUGCUCGGCCGGCUCAAUCUGAGCUCCUUUGAUGCCUCUGGGUACAUUGAUCGUCAUAAAAACAAUGCAUCAAACAUUCCAAACGUAGCCAUUGCCGUUUCGGGUGGUGGCUAUCGCGCUUUGACCAAUGGCGCCGCCCGUGGACAACUCGGAGGCCUCCUGCAGUCCGCCACUUAUCUAUCGGGCCUGAGUGGUGGUGGAUGGCUCGUGGGCUCCGUGUACAUCAAUAACUUCACCACGAUCGGGGACUUGCAGGCCAGCGACAAGGUCUGGGAUUUCAAGAACUCGAUCCUGGAAGGUCCUGAUGUGAAACAUUUCCAACUGAUCAACACGGCCGCCUACUGGAAGGAUCUGUACGAUGCUGUGAAGGACAAGAAAAACGCCGGGUUCAAUACGUCGUUGACCGACUACUGGGGCCGCGCUCUGUCCUAUCAGUUCAUCAAUGCGACCACCGACGAUGGUGGUCCCAGUUAUACAUGGUCGUCGAUUGCCCUGGCCGACGAUUUCAAGAAGGGUAAGAUGCCCAUGCCUAUCCUCGUCGCCGAUGGCCGCAACCCGGGCGAAAUACUUAUUGGAAGCAACUCAACCGUGUAUGAAUUCAAUCCAUGGGAGUUUGGCUCUUUUGAUCCGUCUGUAUACGGCUUUGCCCCAUUGGAGUAUCUCGGAUCAAAUUUCGAGAACGGUGAACUCCCCAAGGGGGAAAAGUGCGUGCGCGGCUUUGACAAUGCGGGUUUCGUUAUGGGAACCAGCUCGUCCCUGUUCAACCAGUUCAUCCUGCGUCUGAAUGGCACCGAUAUCCCUGAUUUCCUCAAGGAGGCUAUUGCCGACGUCUUGGAGCAUCUGGGUGAGAAGGAUGACGAUAUUGCAGUCUAUGCACCCAACCCCUUCUACAAAUACCGCAACUCGACAGCGGCAUAUUCGUCGACCCCAGAGCUGGACGUGGUCGACGGAGGCGAAGAUGGACAGAACGUGCCUCUACACCCAUUGAUCCAGCCCACCCGCAACGUGGAUGUGAUCUUUGCCGUGGAUUCAUCCGCUGAUACGGAGCAUAGCUGGCCCAACGGGUCCUCUCUGAUCUAUACCUAUGAACGUAGUUUGAAUACUACGGGUAUCGCCAACGGGACCUCCUUCCCUGCAGUGCCCGAUGUCAACACAUUCCUCAACCUCGGCUUGAACAAACGCCCAACCUUCUUCGGAUGCGACUCGUCCAACACCAGCAGCCCGACCCCGUUGAUCGUCUACCUGCCCAACGCCCCUUACACCGCGGAGUCCAACACCUCGACCUUCCAGCUGGCGUAUAAAGACCAGCAACGCGACGAUAUCAUCUUGAACGGCUACAACGUCGUGACCCAGGGCAAUGCCAGUACCGACGCGAACUGGCCGUCAUGCGUUGGGUGUGCCAUUCUCCAGCGAUCAACGGAACGUACGAACACUAAGCUGCCCGAUAUCUGCAAUACUUGCUUCCAGAAAUACUGCUGGGACGGCAAGACCAACUCCACCACGCCGGCGCCCUAUGAACCGGAGCUGCUCAUGGCGUCGUCAACUUCCGGGGCGUCAAAGGGUCAGCUGAAUCGCACAGCUGCAGUUAUCGCGUUCGCGGUCAUUAUCAUUGAUCGCAAAAUAAGCACAGAGUUGCAUACCAUGGCUACAAAUACAUCUUCAUUUACUACCAUCCCCGUAUUGGAUUACUCCCUCUCCACGUCGUCGACGAGCAAGUCGCAGUUCCUAUCCGACCUUCGGAAUGCACUGAUCAAUGUGGGGUUCUUCUAUCUGAUCAACGCACCCAUUGCCCCUCGAGUCCAGCAGGAUGUAGUGGAUAAAUGCAAGGAAAUCUUCGAUCUACCGUUAGAGAAGAAGGUCGAGAUCGAAAUGGUGAACAGUAAACAUUUUCUGGGCUACUCUCGACUGGGGGCAGAGAUCACUGCGCGCGAACAGGACUAUCGGGAACAGUUCGACUUCGCCACAGAGUUGCCAACUCCGGGGCCUGAUGAACCACUCUAUCGAAAUAUUCGAGGCCCUAACCAGUGGCCCGAUGAAAGUGCAAUUCCUGGCUUCCGCCAGGCCAUCGAGGCCUAUCUCGCGGAGAUCAGCCCACUAUCAGAUGCAUUUCGGGGACUCAUUUCAGAGGCACUCGAUCUGCCACCAACCGCGUUAGAUCCGUACUUUGACGACCCGCAGCAACUGAAGUUGAAAUUGGUCAAAUAUCCACCACCGCCCGUGUCCUCGACCGAGGCAGAGGUUCAAGGCGUAGGCCCUCAUAAGGAUUCGGAAUUCCUGACGUUUCUGCUCCAAGCAUCGCCCCACUCCGGAUUAGAAGUGCAGAAUAAAUCGGGCGAUUGGAUCUCGGCAGCGCCGGUGGAGCAUUCCUUGGUGGUGAACAUCGGGCGCGCGUUGGAAGCCAUCACAGGGGGCGUGUGCACAGCGACCACCCAUCGGGUCUCCCUCGCGCCCCGGAAUUUUAUCGAUCAGACGGGCGCGUCUCUCGGGCCGCGGUUCUCCAUCCCUGUGUUCCUGGGAAUGGGCCUCGAUCUCUCUGCUGAGAAAAUUACCCUGCAGAUACCACAGCAUAUCCGGGAUCUGAUACAGGAUGACAAGGUACGAUCGGAUGCGGAGGCUACGUUUAAUCGCAUCUUCAGCGGCCGGACAGGCGAGGGAACGCUCCUCCACCGGGUGAUCAGCCACCAGGAUGUGGGUCGGAGAUGGUAUCCCGACCUCUUGGAUUAUGCUCUGAGACAAUACGAGAAACAGUAG